AAUGGAGACCACAACGACCACCCUCGCCGAAUACCUCUUCAAACGCCUUCACCAGCUCGGUGUCGACUCCAUCUUCGGUCUCCCCGGCGACUACAACCUGCAGCUGCUCGAUUAUGUCGCUCCCUCACGUUUGCACUGGAUAGGGAGCUGCAACGAGCUCAAUGCGGGGUACGCGGCGGACGCGUACUCCAGAGUCAAGGGUAUUGGCGCCCUCGUAACCACCUUCGGAGUCGGUGAGCUUUCCGCCGUCAAUGCGAUCGCCGGAGCCUACGCCGAACGAGCCCCCGUUGUCCAUGUGGUUGGCACCCCGGUCCGCGAGUCUCAAGAGUCGCGAGCCCUGAUCCACCAUACUUUCAACGAUGGCGAGUACAAGCGGUUUGAUCGGAUGCAGGAACAUAUCACGGUCGCCCAGGCGAUCUUGACAGACCAUCGCUCCGCCCCAGCCGAGAUCGACCGCGUCCUUCAGCAGUGCCUCCUGCACAGCCGGCCGGUUCGGAUCGCGAUUCCUCUCGAUAUGGUCUCUCUCCGUGUUCCGAAGAUGGCCCUAGAACAUAAGAUUUGCGUGCCGUUGCCGUGUCGUCAGCCGCAACUCGAAGAUAAGGCGCUCAAGGCUAUCCUGGAUCGCAUGUACAGCGCCAAGAAACCAGUGAUUUUGGUAGACGGCGAAGUGCGCUCGGCGAAGAUCAUGGAGGAAGUGGAGCAUAUUGUGAAAUCGACAGAGUGGCCAACGUUCACGUCCGGCUUUGGAAAGAGCUUGGUCGAUGAGACUCUGCCGAAUGUCUACGGCGUGUUCACUCCCAGAUACAAGGACUUUAUCGACUCCAGUGACCUGGUCCUGUGUUUCGGGCCCCAUUUUUCCAACACCAACUCUUACCUCUACCAAACAGUCCCGCAACAGCACAAGACGAUCUUCUUCCAUCCGACAUCAGUCCAGAUCGACAGCGAGAUCAUCCGUGAUCUGCCAGCAAACCACUUCCUACCGCAGCUUAUUGGGCACCUCGAAGUAGCGAAACUCAAUAGAUAUACAUGCAACUUCGAUCAUCCUUCCUCCGUCGCGCCGCCCGAUGUACAAGCCUCCGACCUCGUCACCCAAGCCGGCGGUUUCUGGCACCGAAUGUCUUCUUUUUUCCAGGAAGGGGACAUCAUCCUCGCCGAAACCGGAACGGCAUCAUAUGGCGCAAACGAAUUCCGACUACCCCCGAAAACGCGUCUGUUCAAAGCAGUCACCUGGCUGUCUAUUGGAUACAUGCUCCCCGCAACGCUCGGUGCGAGUCUAGCACAGCACGACCUUAUCGCUCGAUCCGAGUACCACGAUUUCCUCGAGGCCCGGUCCAUCCUAUUCAUCGGCGACGGCAGCUUCCAGCUUACAGCGCAAGAGCUGGCAACGAUCAUCCACCGGAAGCUCAACGUCAUUAUCUUCCUUAUCAACAACGACGGAUACACCAUUGAGCGUGCUAUCCAUGGUCGUAACCAAGGCUAUAACAAUAUUACACCCUGGCGCUACCUCAAGGGCCUCGAGUUCUUUGGCGCCCCUACUGAGGGAGAGUACGCGGCGCAUACGUGGCAGGUCCGGACGUGGGGUGAUCUGGAGAAGGUUUUGACUGAUGAGCGUAUGAUAAAGGGUAAGGGUGUACGCAUGGUCGAGGUCUUCAUGGAUAGGCUUGAUGUUCCGCCUCCAUUGGAUCGGAUUUUGGAGAUGCAAAUCGAGCGGGAGAAUGGGGUUCAGUGAGUGACUCAGUACUUUUUACGGCAUAGAUGCGACAAACCGCAGUGAAUAAAUUGCAUGAUGUAGCUCUUUAUUCUCCACGACAUGCAUGCAAUUGUUUUAGCCCAGUCACGAUUAUGGGGUAAGACGACUAGAUGA